GUCAUGUGAUUGACUUGCAUGUGUUUUUGAACAGGAUGACUGAGGCCCAGUCCCGGCCAAGACGCGAAUACACGCCCAAGCCCAAACCUUUGUUUGACUUCGGGGAAGACAACCACUCCAACGGGGGCUACACCACCUCAAUGGCCCCGCCGCCUUCUCGCAACUCAGCCCCGGAGCAGCCCAGCUGUAAGGCGCUCUACGACUUUGAGCCAGAGAACGAGGGCGAACUGGGCUUCCGCGAGGGCGACAUCAUCACGCUGACCAAUCAGAUUGACGAGAACUGGUAUGAGGGGAUGCUCAACAGCCAGUCGGGAUUUUUCCCCCUCAACUACGUGGAGGUGCUGGUUCCGUUGCCCCACUAAGGCAGAGUGGGUCGGGCGCGGGGCCUCGGACAGACCCGGCGUGGUCCACACGAGAGCCGCUUCCGCUCGGAGGACGGACUCUUAAAUCCUCCCUUGAGUUCUAGACCGAGACAAAGCAAGCACGCAAAGCUCAGGUUGAUGCAAUACUCCCCCAGUUUCAAAUUUGACAGCCUCAGUGAUGACACCUGCUGGCCACUCUGACAAUUGCUUUUUAAUUUUUUAAAAACAAAAUCUGACUGAGGUUUUGAACCACACCGUCGCAGCCUAGCGCUUUCUAGCAACAAAUUAUACCUGUGGAAGGCAGUUGAAGCAUUUAUUCCAUAACCUUGAUCGCUGGUUGAAGGUCCAAGUACUAGUAAGCACUUUGUCCUCACAAGCAACUAAGUGCACUAGUAGAACGAUCGUCCAUCCACAUAGCAGUGAAAGGAAAACCUUCUUUUCUUAAGCUCUUUUCCAAGCAGCACAUACUAUGAAAACUGCAGGGGCCCCAAAAUUGAACCCUGUGGAGCAGAGUGCAACGCAGGUCAACCAAGGCCGAACUGCAGAAAUGUUAUUUGGGGUGGUGCGGCUACAGAACUAGUAUGACAGUUGUCCUACCAGUGCAUUGAAUUGUCUUGCUCAGGACAAAGGGCAUACUCGUACUUGCACUUUAAGCUGGAUAUCAAGAAUAUGAAAAAAAAAAUGCUCACAGAGCUUCCCAUAAACACCGGAUAGCCUUCAGUGUUUUGGCUUUUCAAUGGUUUAGUCUACAGUGUUUUCUUACAGCAUUUCAGUGAUGCUAGCUUCACUUGACAAGUGCACGUUGCCCCAUUUUGUUUCAGUGUGUGUCCUGACCCCUUGUAGAGCCCCUUUUACACACGCAGUGCCUGAAAGGACGACGCUGCUGGCAGCGCUUGUCUUUUUGUCCAUAAUGUGAAAUUCCUGCUUCCCUCUUCCAUUUUUUGGAGGGUGGGGGGGGGGGGUAGCAAAAGUCUCCCUUGCAGGUAUUUCCAAGCUCUGGAUUUUUAUCUCAACUCUUCCUGUGCUUUUAAUACAAGUGGAAUCACCAAAGUGGAACGGCCCAACAGUGAGACAAGUUUUGAGUUCAACCCCUCCCCAAAAUAUUGUACACACUUUUUAAAGUAUUCCUUAGCGUAGCAACUAUUUUUACUCUCACGCAAUCCAGAAAUGGGAGACUAUCCUUUAACAUUACUUUCAGGAAAAGACGAUUCGCUCGCAGUCAUCCAAGGAAGAGGUAAAGCAUGCAUGCUUCAAGCUUUUUGUCUUGGAAGUUUACUAUAAAACUGAUACACAAACAAAAGCGAGUGAAACAUUGUCCAUUGAAACAACAAAACGUUCAAUCAAACCACGUCAUUUCAUCUAACGAAAGUAAUGAUAACAAUGCGAAAGGAAGAGCUAAGACACAUUAGCGUUGACAUUAAAUUCAUGGACCUCAUGUACAGCAACCGUUUCCGGUGCAAAGAUCAGGCGGCAAAAUUGUUUCACCUGGUGUUUUGUAAUCGGUAUAUUCAACACUUUUUAGAGCCGAUGCUUUACAAGGUUGGAAGAAUUUGAAGUUCCUCCACUCACUCCAACAUGGCGCCAUGGCAUGUGUUUUAUAUUAGUCAGGGCUUUAGCAGUGAGUCAAACAGAUUGUGUUCCACUUUGGAGCUUCCACUGAACAAGAAUCCAUUUGUGUACGGUUUGAGGAUUCCAAACUCGGUCAAAGGGAAAACGAUCAAGGGAAAAAACUUUGAUUCGGAAAUGUUUUUACCAUUUUGUCAGUGUUUGUGUAUUUACCACCACCCCCCAGAACCAGAGCGCCACUGUGUUUUGGUCCUUGUCUAAUAUGUUUACACGUGGUAUCAUAGCACUGUGCAUGGAUUGCUAGCUGUUGAAGGAAAAAGAACAACAAAAAAACAAACAAAA